AUGGAUGAUUUGCAUCGAAUAGAGGCGAUCCUGGUGACUCAGAAGCCAAAGGAAAGCUCUUACCAAGCGGCACGGCGGAACACGGAGGAGGUUUUGGCAGAUGUGAAGGCUGACCCUUGCGGGUGGAAAUCGCUGGAGCGCAAUGAAAGCUUCUACCACAAGAGCCUGGGGGUGAGAAAGCUCUCAUGUGCUGUGCGCCUGGUAAGACACAGCAUGGCUUUAAGAUGGCGAGAAAAACAUGGUUUGGUGGAUCUGGGCGACAAGAAGGAGAAGGCAGCGCAGAUUCAAAAGUGGGCGGCCAGCGAGUUGGCCAACGCAGGCGUAGUGAUCCCAGAGGACCUGUCCUUCAUGGGGGACGCCAAGGCUCACAAGGCUGAGAAGGUCACUGCCAGUGAGGCCAGCCAGAUGACCUCGGAGGCGCCAGUGGGAGCGGUUGCUGCAGCGGAUGUUUCGGCAGAGAAUGGAAUGCCGACCGUCAACAUCCGCAAACCUGCGAGGCGGGGCUUUGCUGGUGUGGAGGAGGAGAAGGAGGAGGAGGAGGAGGGGAAUGAUUGA